AGAUUUUUGGAAAAUAAAACUAUGGAUUAUAUCAGAGAAAAUAUACUUGUGGCGCACAUUUAUUACGAAAUAUCAGAAUUCUCCAGAUUUACGAAGAAUGAACUGCAUGCAACCUCUGAUCUGAUCGCCAGUGUAGGAGGUCUCUUGGGCCUUUUUCUGGGAUUCAGUGUCUUCAGUAUUGUUGAAAUAGUCUACCAUUUGUCUAUGAAACUCAUUUGCAAUAGCAUACGCGCCAAAAAGCAAUUACAGGCCGAAAUGAGUGUGGUCGUUGCAAAACCCAAAUUGACAAACUGAGCGAAUCUCACAUAUGUUUACCUUACAGCUCACAUGGACCUGCGAGUAUCUGCUUGUAUCACAUAAUUUGUGAUGUAUGUAUGGAGUCCGCCUGUGGAGCACCCCAUAGUAUAUGCUU